AUGUGUGAUCCGAUAAACCAGCCUACUUCCGUGGAGUCUUCAGCCUUGGCUACGUCGGCAAGCUUAAGCACUGCAAGUUCUGCUGGUGUCACCAUACUGCUCCAAACCCUUCGAGCCUGGGCGGAAAGUGAGACCGAACGGCAAUUGGUUCGUGUGCUUCUUGAUGGCGGAAGCCAAAGAUCAUUUAUCAAGCAAUCACUCUCGAAGAAACUCAACUGUCAACCAGUAGGGGAGGAACAAAUAUCGCUGUACACCUUUGGAACGGAAUGCGCCAGGCAGAGGAAGUGUCGUCGGGUUCAGAUUUGGCUCCGAAGUCAGUACGACAGAAGUGAGCUACGUAUAGAAGCAUUGGAAAUGCCCGAUAUUUGUAACGACGUAAUGCAACUACCAAGCACGGAUUUGGUUUCCAACCUUCAUCGGGCCGGAAUGCGUGUGGGUGACCUUUCUGUUGGAAACGUUCAUUGUGAGCCUGGCAUCGGUAUACUUGUAGGCGCCGACUAUUACUGGCGGACCGUUACUGGCGACAUACAGCACAUCAGCGAGGACCUGGUAGCGGCAAACACUGUUUUUGGAUGGACAGUACAGGGCCCAUCGUCUUCAAGUUCAACUACAAUAUGUACGAACGUAGGAGUCAUGCGGGUAAACGUCGAGUCUCAAGAAACGGAAUUGUGCAAUGAAUUACGGAAAUUUUGGGACUUGGAACAUAUCGGGAUUCAGACGGACAGUAACCCGACGCAUCAGGACGCCGUGUUUCAAGCUUUCAAGUCGACCAUGAAGAACGUGAGCGGCAGAUAUCAGGUCGCACUGCCGUGGAAGACUGUGCACCCGUAUUUACCGUCAAACGAAGAAGUAGCAAGGAAGAGGCUCUUUUCUUUAACGAAACAAAUUACCAAGAAUGAACACAUGGCUGCCGAGUAUGACAAGGCGAUCAGACAGUAUUUAGAUGAUGGUCAUGCAGAAAAGGUUCUUCUCCCUCAUGAAGUGGAUGGGCCAACAUAUUACAUGCCCCACCAUGCCGUUGUCAAGCACGAAAGGGAAACCACCAAAAUGCGCAUCGUUUUCGAUGCCUCUUCAGUGCUCCCGGUUGUCCCUCGUUGA